GGGCGUUUCCGUAUUCAAUAUGGCAGCGGCCAUCUAGAAGAGAAAUUGAGUGUGUAGUGCCCAUGUUUUUCUUGUGAUCUUGACUAUUUAUUUGCUUAUUUCAAUAGUAACACGUUAGAAAAAUGACGUUUUUUCACUUCGGAAAUUGCCUGGCGUUGGCGUACACGCCAUACUUUAUCACAUACAAGUAUUCUGGCUUGGCGGAGUACAGCGCAUUUUGGAAAUGCGUUCAAGCCGGCAUGAUGUACAUGUUCACGCAACUGUGCAAGAUGAUGGUUCUGGCAACAUUCUUCCCAGCGGCGGACACCGUCGGCGGAAACUUUGACGUAGUCGGGGAAUUUUUGAAGUCAACCGUUGACCUCGCCGACCUCGUCGGGAUUCACAUGGUGAUGUCGUGGAUCGCCAGUAAAGGAGAGAUCAAGUUUCUCGUUGCCGGCAUGGGUUGGGCCACGGCGGAAUUAGUCAUGACCAGGAUUUUUCCGUUGUGGGUCGGAGCGAGAGGAGUAGAAUUUGACUGGAAAUACAUUCAACUCAGCCUGGAUUCAAAUGUCAGUCUGGUUCACCAUAUCACGACAGCGGCUUUGGUGUGGCUCUGGAGCCGACACGACCUGCAGAAAACGUACCUUCCCGUUGUCAUGCUGGCGCUCGGCAUGAGUUGCUACCGGCCUCUCAUCGUCGAGGUGUUGAUUCGAUCGGUCGGUCUGGGCUCCUGGCCGCUGCUUCUAACAAAGUCGGCGUUCACACUGCUGCUCUCUCUCGUGACCAUGCAGCUCUACCUGGGACUGACACAAACCGUCAACUCACACAAAAACUGAAUCGAAGCAGACGACUACUCGCAGAUCCAGGCUUAGAGGCAUCCUCCGGCUCGAAAUUGAGAUGACGGCAACAACGCUGCCGCAACCGUCACAUAGCAACAGCCACGAUGGACUAUCAAAGAUACACGGGUCCCGAUUGAAAAUGACUUCAAAUAAACUACGUAUGAUUCGAGCGACUUUUCUUAAACUAUUAAGAAGCUAGACAAUUUUAGAACGCACCCCGCAGUGCCAUAGCAUGUAUUUUAUAUGUUAGGUUAUAAAUAAAUAAUGU